AUGAUCCAGAAGAGGACUUGCUCACAGUGUGGAAAGAGUUUUAUUACACAGAGUCAUCUCAAAAUACACCAGCGCAUUCACACUGGAGAGAAACCAUAUCAGUGCUCACAGUGUGGAAAGAGUUUUAAUAGACAGAGUCAUCUCAAAAUACACCAGCGCAUUCACAGUGGAGAGAAACCGUAUCAGUGCUCACAAUGUGGAAAGAGUUUUAUUUCACAGAGUCAUCUUAAAGUACACCAGCGCAUUCACACUGGAGUCAAACCAUAUCAGUGCUCACAGUGUGAAAAAAGUUUUAUUCAACAGAAUAAUCUCAAAAGACACCAGUGCAUUCACACUGGAGUGAAACCAUGUCAGUGCUCACAAUGUGGAAAGAGUUUUAUUUCACAGAGUGAUCUUAAAAUACACCAGCGCAUUCACACUGGACUAAAGCCGUAUCAGUGCUCACAGUGUGGAAAGAGUUUUAUUACACGUAGUAAUCUCAAAGUACACCAGCACAUUCACACUGGGGAGAAACCGUAUAAGUGCUCAAAGUGUGAGAAGAGUUUUAUUACACAAUACAAUCUAAAAAUACACCAGCGCAUUCACACUGGAGAUAAAUUAUAUCAGUGCUCACAGUGUGGAAAGAGUUUUAAUAGACAGAGUAAUCUUAAAACACACCAGCGCAUUCACACUGGAGAUAAACCGUAUCAGUGCUCACAAUGUGGAAAGAGUUUUGAUAGACAGAGUGAGCUCAAAAUACACCAGCGCAUUCACAGUAGAGAGAAAUCAUAUCAGUGCUCACAGUGUGGAAAGGAUUCAUUUAGACACAAGAGUGACUCAUCAGAUUUUACCAAACAAGCUAAAAUAUAA